AUGUCUUCAACCCAGACGCGAGUUCUUCCUGUCCAACGGCUGAGCCAAGGGCCCGGCGAUCUCUCUCUGGCCGAAUGGUGGGAGAAGGAACGCGGCCAACAAACACCUGAGUCCAAGGCCAUCGAAGCCGCCGCCGAACUCCUCCGGUCGAGUGAUCUCCCCGUCGCCUUUCCCACCGAGACAGUCUAUGGCCUGGGUGCCGAUGCCACACGCAGCGCCUCCGUCCAGGGAAUCUACCGCGCAAAGCAGCGGCCCUCGGACAACCCAUUGAUUGUUCACGUUGACUCACUGGAAAUGCUCGACCGUCUCCUCAACCCCACCGUCAAACACAAUCCAGGAUCGCCUCAGACGCCACGCAUCGCCAUUCCACCGAUCUACAAGCCUCUGAUCGAACGAUUCUGGCCCGGCGCCCUGACUAUCAUUUUACACAACCCAUCCGGCUCCGAGUUGGCGCCCGAGGUCACCUCCAAAUUGACCACAUUCGGCGUCCGCAUGCCCUCUUCUCCCCUGGCGCGUCUCCUCAUCCACGCCGCAGAUCGCCCCCUCGCUGCGCCCUCCGCCAACGCCUCUACCAAACCAUCCCCAACAACCGCACAGCAUGUAUACCACGAUUUGCAAGGCCGCAUCGAUCUCAUUCUAGACGGCGGACCCUGCGGCGUGGGCGUCGAGAGCACCGUAGUCGACGGGCUUACCAGCCCGCCGGCGAUUCUGCGCCCCGGUGGAAUCGGCAUCGACGAGAUCCGAGAAUGUGAAGGCUGGGAAAACGUGGAAGUCGCUUACAGCGACGGAACUCUAGAAAUGAAGGAUAUUCCGCGCGCACCGGGUAUGAAGUACCGACACUAUUCACCAAAAGCACGAGUCAUUCUCUUCGAGCCUAAAUCUACCAUGAAAGGAGUCGCGAAGCAUGUCCAAAAGGACCUGCAAGACAGUGCCAUCGGCGCACACAAAAUUGGCAUCGUUCGUACGCGAAACUGGAAGCUGGGUCUGGAUCUUGCUUCCGAGGACGAAGUCGCUCGUACUGCGCUAGCCGUUGACGCUCCUAUUGAGAACCUCGUCAGCUUCCCGGUGCCAGUGCAAGAGAAUGGUAAUCCUAGCACCUGCACGAAGACGGCAUACGACUACCACCUCGGCUCGGAUGUAACUUCUAUUGCGCAUGGUCUGUUCUCCGCCCUGCGCGCGCUCGACGAUCUUGAUGUCGAUGUCAUUUAUGUGGAAGGUGUAUCAGACGAUGAGGGCCACUUGUCUGCGGCUGUUAUGAACCGACUCCGCAAGGCUGCUGGUGCCGAAUUGCGGGUUUAG